GUUGUUCCAAAACAGCAUUGGCCGUGGAGUAGGAAGACGAUGAUGCUCUUGUCGCGUGUCCACGCCCGCGGGCCCUUGGCGUCCCUGACGCGCCAGGCGUCGACGUCGUCGCACCUGACCUUCCUUCAGCUGCAGCCGCGCUUGAAGGACGGCUCGCGCGAGUCGCGCCGCCUGCGCCGUGGCGGCCAGCUGCCCGGCAUCCUCUACGGCGAAGGCUCAACCGGCGAGAAGACCAAGGUGCUCGUGACGAUGGACCAGACGGACUUUGAGCGCGAGUACCGCAAGCUGCGCUCGUCGAUGGCCAACCAGGUGUACGAGGUGUCGGUCGGCGAGAGCGCGCCGACGAAGGUGCUCUUGCGUGACAUUACGCUGCACCCGGUGACGGACGUGCCGCUGACGGUCAACUUUCUCCGCUUCAAGCCCGGGCGCACGGUGCACAUCCCGCUCGACUUUUUGAACCAGGAGGGCAGCCCGGGUCUCAAGCGCGGUGGCUACAUCAACAACGUGCGCCACGACAUUCCGUGCAAGGUCAACGCGGACGACAUUCCGUCGACCUUGGACGUGGACGUCAACGGCAUGCACGUCGGCGAGCGUAUCUAUUUGGAAAACAUCACGUUCCCGGAGCACAUUGAGCCGCUCGUGGCGCCGCGCGCCGUGAUUGCGACGAUUGCCGGCAAGCGCGGUCUCAUCCCCAAGACGGAAGAAGAAGACGUCGAAGAAGUAGUGGAGGAAGAGGUCGAAGAAGACGACGAAGAGGAGUACCAGCCCGUCUUUUAAGACCGCGAUUAUGCCAUAGAGACAGAAGAGAUGAAGAGUGUAGUAAAGACAAACAUAGUACUAUGCAUGCAUGGUUGACUACGA